UCCCCUUCAAAAGAGAUCUUGAUUUAGUGGGAAGAGUGCUGCAUUUGGACAGUGGAAGAUGGGUUCGAGUACCAGCACACCUAAUCAUAUGGCUAAAAUCAACACUGCCUAUUUCACAGGAUUGUUUUGAAGAUCAAAUAAGACUGGGAGUCCCUAUCUCCUCUUAAGCAUAAUCUCUUGCCUUGGAAUUCUGGAGGUUGAUCCCUACUGGAAGAGCAGAAGUAAGGACUGAAGCAGCUCAAAUGCUCCAUGAGCAGGAGGAAGCUGUGGGAUGAUGGGGAGGGUCCCCACAAAGCCUGGAGCCUCGUCAGCAUCAGAAACCACAGGAAACCAGCAAGGGCCCGCUGCCCCCCUUCAGGCUGUGCAGCCAUGUUCUGGGUGCUCUGACCCCACGGAAGCCCAUGGGGAGCCCCAGCUUGGCAGCUCCGCUCCUGCUUCUCCUCCUGCUCCUCAUUGGCCUCUCUGCCUCGGCCGGAAUUGGCUGCCCCUACCUGCCCCGCUGGAGCACCCACUGUCUGCUGGCCUCCCACAUGGAAGGUCUGCCCAUAUUCCUUGCCAUACGCAGUUGGCCUUUCCUGUGUCCCUAAAGCCUUGGUGUGCUCAGCUCUGGCUCUGCCCCUAUCUGUGCCUGCGUCUGGUGUCAGAUCCUUCAGGCCUCCCGGAGGGCUGGUUCCACCUCCUUGUGCAGAAAUACAAAAAGUCCUAUAAGUUCCAGUUCUGUAGGAGACACAAGAUGCCAACAUCUGCUCAGAGGAAGCUGCUGAGUAGCUGUUGCCUGUCUGAAAAGGGUCAUCACAUCACUGUCUCCUCCCCAGACAUCUCUCACAAGGGGUUGCGCUCUAAAAGGACCCAACCUUCAGAUCCAAAGGCAUUGGAAGGUCUCCCCAGACCCAGCUCACAAAGGCAUGAAGGGCCUGAGUUCUCCUUUGAUUUGCUGCCUGAGGCACGGGCUAUUCAAGUGACCAUUCCUCCGGGACCUGAGGUCAGCGUGCGUCUUUGUCACCAGUGGGUACUAGAAUGUGAGGAGCUGAGCAGUCCCUUCGACUCCCAGAAAACUGUGUCUGGGGGCCAUGCCGUAGAACUGCCUUAUGAAUUCCUUCUGCCCUGUCUAUGCAUAGAGGCAUCCUACCUACAAGAGGACACCGUGAGGCGCAAAAAAUGUCCCUUCCGGAACUGGCCUGAAGCCUAUGGCUCGGACUUCUGGAAGUCAGUGCACUUUACUGACUACAGCCAGCACAGUCAGAUGGUCAUGGCCCUGACGCUCCGCUGCCCGCUGAAGCUGGAGGCCUCCCUCUGCCAGAGGCAGGGCUGGCACACCAUCUGCGAAGACCUCCCCAAUGCCACGGCUCAAGAGUCAGAGGGGUGGUAUGUCUUGGAGAGCGUAGACCUGCACCCCCAGCUCUGCUUCAAGUUCUCAUUUGGAAAUAGCAGCCAUGUUGAAUGCCCCCACCGGACUGGUGAGCCGUUAAGUGACCCUGGCUGGGACCCCCUUCCACCGUUGAACCCUUACCCAACUGUGACCAAGCCAGACUGGAGCCCUGUUCUGAUUUCUCUGGCAACUACAGCCCAGCUCUUAUCACCUCCUGCAAACAGAAUGUCUCCCAUGAUGCCCUUUCCCACCCUGGCAGCCCCAUCCUGGAAUGUUAGCAUGGAUACCCAGGCCCAGCAGCUGGUCCUUCACUUCUCCUCAAGGAUUCACGCCACCUUCAGUGCUGCCUGGAGCCACCAAAGCUUGGGGCAGGACAGCUUGGUGCGCCCCGUGUACAGCAUCAGCCAGACUCAGGGCUCAAGCCCAGUGACACUAGAUCUCAUCAUUCCCUUCCUGAAGCCAGGGAGCUGUGUCCUGGUGUGGAGGUCAGAUGUUCAGUUUUCCUGGAAGCACCUCUUGUGUCCAGAUGUCUCUCAUAGACACUUGGGGCUCUUGAUCCUGGCACUGCUGGCCCUCGCCACCCUGUUGGGCAUUGUUCUGGUCUUCACCCGCCGGCGCCCGCUGUCAGAUGGUGACGUGCUCUGCCUGCCUGGGAGCAUUGUGUCUGCCCCGGGCCCUGUGCUGGUGCCCACACGCCUGCAGACAGAGCUGGUGCUGAGGUGCCACCAGGAGACUGACUGUGACCUCUGCGUGCGUGUGGCCAUCCACUUGGCUGUGCAUGGGCACUGGGAAGAGCCUAAAGAUGAGGACAAGCUUGGAAUAGCAGCUGAUCCAGAGCUUGAGGAGCCUAGGAACGCCUUUCUCCAGGCCCAGGUGGUGCUCUCCUUCCAGGCCUACCCCACUGCCCGCUGCGUCCUGCUGGAGGUGCAAGUGCGUGCUGCCCUCGCGCGGCCUGGUCAGUCUGUGGGCUCUGUAGUAUUUGACUGCUUCGAGGCUGCUCUGGGGGCUGAGGUGCGACUCUGGUCCUACACUCAGCCCAGGUACCAGAAGGAACUCAACCUCACACAACAGUUGCCUGACUGCAAGGGGCUUGAAGUCCGGGACAGCAUCCAGAGCUGCUGGGCCCUGCCCUGGCUCAGUGUGUCUGCCGAUGGCGAUGAUGUGCACCUGGUGCUGGACGUCUCUGAGGAGCAGCACUUUGGCCUCUCCCUGUACUGGAACCACGUCCAGGGCCCCACAAAACCCUGGUGGCACAGCAACCUGACCGGGCCACAGAACAUUACUUUGAACCACACAGACCUGUUUCCCUGCCUUUGUAUUCAGGUGUGGCCUCUAGAGCCCGACUCUGUCAGGACGAGCCUCUGCCCCUUUAGGGAGGAUCCCCGGGCACAAGGGAACCUCUGGCGUGCAGCCCGGCUGAGGCUACUGCCCCCCCGGGGCUGGCAACUAAAUGCACCCUGUUCGCUGCUUGCUGAGGCCACUCUGUGUUGGCAGGCACCAGGUGGGGGCCCCUGCCAGUCGCUGGUCCCGCCACUGUCCCGAACAAAUGUCACUGUAAACAAGACACUUGAGUUGCCAUUGCUGAAUGCCCACCCCAACCUCUGUGUCCAGCAGGUGAGCAGCUGGGAGAAGCUGCAGCUACAGGAGUGUUUGUGGGCUGACUCCCUUGGGGCCCUCAAGGAUGAUAUGCUACUGGUAGAGACACGAGGCCCCCAGGACAACAGAUCGCUCUGUGCCUUGGAGCCCAGUGGUUGCACCCCACUACUCAGCAGGGCCUCCACGAGGGCAGCUCACCUUGGAGAACAGUUACUACAAGACCUGCAGUCAGGCCAGUGUCUGCAGCUGUGGGAAGAUGACCUGAGAGCACUAUGGGCCUGCCCCAUGGACAAGUACGUUCACCAGCGCUGGGCCCUGGUGUGGCUGGCCUGCCUACUCUUGGCCUCUGUGCUUUUCCUUCUCUUCCUUUUCAAAAAGGACCACGUGAAAGCUGCCGCCAAGGGCCGCGCGGCUCUGCUCCUCUACUCUGCGGAGGACUCGGGCUUCGAGCGCUUGGUGGGCGCCCUGGCCUCGGCGCUGUGCCAGCUGCCGCUGCGGGUGGUCGUGGACCUCUGGAGCCGUCGUGAACUGAGUGCGCAGGGACCCCUGGCCUGGUUCCACGCGCAGCGGUACCAGACCCUGCAGGACGGCGGCGUGGUGGUUCUUCUCUUCUCGCCCGGGGCCGUGGCGCUGUGCCACGAGUGGCUGCAGGACGGGGCGGCAGCGUCCGCCCCACAGGGCCCGCACGACGCCUUUGCCGCCUCGCUGAGCUGCGUGCUGCCCGACUUCCUGCAGGGCCGGGCACCCGGCCGCUAUGUGGGGGCCUACUUCGACGGACUGCUCCACUCGGAGGCCGUACCCGCCCUUUUCCGCAGCGUACCGGUCUUCUCCCUGCCCUCCCAGUUGCCCGACUUCCUGGGGACCCUGCAGAGGCCUGGCUCCCCCCGUCCCGGGAGACUGAGGGAGAGGGCGAAGCAAGUGUCCCGGGUCCUGCAGCCCUCCCUGGACCAGCUGCUUCAGGCUCCCGGAGCUCCCGGGGCUCCCGGGUAUCCUGGGGACUGCACGCGGGAUGGCACGUGAAGCAGGGGAGACGACUCGAAUAAAGGCAGACGCUA